CACGUUUGUCGCCUAGAGUGAUAUUGCGCUGCCAUUCAUUUGACACGUUUGAUCGCCUUGAGUUGUCUUCAAUUGAUUUGUUUUGCUGGGUGCUUCCGAGGCAGUCUCUGCAAUCUUUCGUUAUGCCACACGUACGGAGUGCAAGUGCUCGCAUUAUGCGUCGGGCGCUGGCUGUUCAAAACGGAUACUGUGUGCAUUUACCUAUUCGUUUGCCUCUGGAUGGUUUGGUGCCACCUACGUGUCUCCCACCACCAGGGCUGGAGCGGGCGACUGCCGAUUUGGUUCUAGAUUAUCUCUUGUUGCGCGAUCCACCUGUUGUUAAACGCAGUUUGGAGGAGGAGGAGGAGGCUGACAUUAAGACUGUUUCGGAGAAUCUUUCUUGCCGUAUGCAGGCUUCUGAAUCGCUGGUUGAUGUAGAUAUUGGAGUGCAGGCUUCUGAAUCGCUGGUUGAUGUUGGAGUGCAGACGGUUGAUGUUGCGGACUUUCAUUGUGAAGUCGGCUGUCAGACAGAUAGUGUCGUUGGGAUGGAGGGAGGAGCUUCAGGAGUUCUUCUUGGGAAAGUGACUGUGGCGGCGGAGGAGGAGCCGGAGGCGCCCUCGAGUGCGGAGUCUUCUCCGAACGUGCAGUCUGAUUCGGGUAGCCGCGCCUUGUCAGGAGCGUCCCAGGGGUGUCUGAAUCGACCCGUCACGCUCAAUGAGGUAUCGAAGGAGUCGCGCCAGAGGACUCGAGGGAGAGAUCGUGACAAGGUCAAGGGGACAUCGACGUGCUCUCAGGCCACCAUUGCCGAUGUUAAGGCAUGGAUUGACGCUGCUUGCAGUAUCAACGAGUCGAAUGCGAUCGAGUAUUUAAAGAAUGGGGUGGAUUUGUUGGCAGAACCUCUGACAGAAGGUGGGAUCCCUGCAAAGGCCAGGGCAAAUUAUGCUGUGCGGAUGCGCGGGACGUUCGAGAAUGUGCAAGCGACGUUGGAGGACCUUCUGGAAUUCUUCGAGAGGCACAGAUAUCUUACAGGGCAGAUGAACCGUGCCGAGGCUGCCAAGUUUCUACAGGAUUCCAAGUGCAACGAAUUCCGAAUCCAAUUCUAUGGACGUCCGAGGAACGAUACAACGUCGUCAUGUGGAAGUACUGCCUGCAAAGGCAAAGGCAAAGGCAAAGGUAAAGGCGCCGACAUAGGAGGUCAGGAGUUUGACGAAGUGUGUAGGUUCGGUAGGACGUUGACGGACUGUGAACGAAGGUGUAAAUCUCAGGUUCGGCCUCUGUGGUAGUUAUUCGUUUUCUUCGUGUGCUUCCUUUCAUUCCGUACUUAUUGUAUUGGAUUGUUGAUUGUGAUUGCAUAGUCUCUUUUGUUUGUGCUCUAAGAAUUCAGUGUGUGCAUGUUCAGUUCUUGGCCAGGUCUCCUGGCUCUCACGUCGUAACAUUAUCCUUGCCUUAUCAAAGCCAGCUUUGAUGGGGGUGUUUGUAGCCGCGGAAGUGCCUGUGGUGUGUGUGGAUACAGAUUGGUCUGCGGAACUAAUAUAUCUUCCCGCGGACCGACAUCAUUUUCAUGAAUGUGUAUCUUGAGGCUUGGUGUCUGCCACCAUGCGCCACUGUUACAGUUACGGAACUAUCAGCGGCGGAGCGCGUAUGCGAUGUGUUCCCACAGGUAGUGCAGACCUUCUUUGAUCAUUCGCAGGGAUAUGUCACACAUUGUUUCUUCUUUAUCUGUGUUCUUGUUUAUUCCAACAGCCCCGAUGUUCACUGACUCAUUCGUUUUAUCUUUGUGUGCUUUGCGUUUGAUUGUGUCAUUGCGGCAUGCGUUUCUCUUUAUUCCUUCAGCUUCGCUGUGUGGUAUAAGAGCUGACUGCUUGCGUGAUAAAUAAGAGGCUCUGUUUCGCCUGAUACUUUGUUGGACCUGGCCUUAGUGGCCAAGACGGUCCCAGCAAAGACGCAAAAAGACCAGGUUGACGGCUUACCGCC